AUUGAGGAUCAGUUGCAUUUUGAGUGUGUUCCUGAGAAGGUUACUUCCUUGUGUUGCCUCUGGAUUUUUUCUUUACCACUCUUCUGUGUUGUAAUGGCUACUGAUAAAUGUUCUACAUCAAAGAAACUUAAGUGAAGUGAAGUGAGGUUCAGUUCUGCCUGCUGCAUGAGCUUUUCCCACUGCUAUUAGCUGUAGUGUGUGUGUGUGUGUGUGUGUGUGUGUGUGUGUGUGUGUCUUUCCUUGAGGCAGUUCUCUCUCACACACUUUUAGCACUCAGGAUGUUCAGCAGUUUAUCACCUGCUGCAGUUGAAUGUUUUAUGACAGAUUUCCCAUAAGUCCGUUUGGCCAGCAGGGGUGGAUCUAUGUUUUUUUCUCUUUCUUAUAAAAUGUGAUAAGGUGUGUACACUGAUGACCUUUGCCUUCAGAAUCUACAGACAAACCCAUUCUCCUGUCUGUACACACACACACACACACACACAUUCCUCUCUAUGGACUUUCAUCUGAUUCUUCAUGGUUAGCUCAGCAUAUCACCUUCAGGAACAACCUCUAUCUCUCACACAGUUGCAUGAACACAGUGUGAGGACACACAAGUAGAGCAACUUAAACACCAGGACUCUGAGCAGAUCCACAAAGAAGUAUUCACUCCAUGUUUGUACACACCACCACAACCUUUUAGUGGAGUCACUUAGCUGUGAAAACACCACGCCCUGCUGAGGAGGUGCUGAAGAGGUGCUGAGGAGGUGCUGAGAGUGAAGAUGUUCCACAGCAGCAGUUCAUACAGUUAUACAGGCUCCUUGCAGUCCAAUUAUUCUUCAGAUGAAACAGCAUCUGAAAGCUCCAGUUUAUCCAGACCCAGUGCUAAAGCCAUCUAUGUGCGCAGAAAGGAAUAUGCCCAGUCCAUGAACAAACAGCUGGCCAAGUUUCAGUACAGGGUAGAGCACCUUUUCAACUGUGAGCUGGAUGGUGUGGAGGUCUCUGGACUGCAGGACUGUGUGGAGCGUUUGAAGCUGUUGGAGAUGAUGGGGCGUGUGUGGGGACAGGAAAUGAGCCUGGAGGUGGACACUGGAAAUUUGCUGCUAAGAGACAUUGAGACUAAAGAGGAGUUGGACUGUGUUCCUCUGCUCAGUGUGUUGGAGGUCACAGCACUGUUGGACUCGUGUGUGUUUAACUCUCUGCUGAUGAUCUCAGUGUGUGAGGGACAAACCAGCAAUGUAUUCAUGUUCCAGUGUGACUCUCUAAGAGCUGAUUAUAUAAAGCGAGAUCUGGAGCGAGCACUACAGCACGCCAACACCAUGACCAAUACCAGUGAGCGACUUGGGACCCAGAUGAGAAAUAACAGAGACAGGGGUUUGGAUGAGGAUGGGUGGACUCAGCAGCAUCCCUUUCCUGAAGAAUGGAUCACUCAAGAUUACAGCCAGACCCUGCCUCCUCCUGCAACUCCGCCCAUAAGCAUACGAAAACAACUGUCCAACAGAGCAGAGCCACUGACUCCGCCCCCUUCAUCAGUCCCACCUGCUCCUAGCUCCGCCCCCUACACAGAGAGAGACAGGAAUGUGGAUGUCCUGAAUCAUCUGAUCAGUGAUAUUGAGCAGUGUGUCAUUCUUGCUCUUGCUGCAGCUCCCAAAGCCGACAAAAAGAAGAAGAGGAAGAAAACUCUUAAAGGAUUACCCUCAGAGGAGGAGUUUAAAAUUUGCCUGCAGAAAAUCAAAAUGGCCUUCAACCUAUUGGCGAGACUCAAUGGACAGAUUCAGUCUCCCAGUGCUCCAGAACUCGCACACUGCCUGUUCUCCACACUAGAAAUGGUAAAGACAGAAGUGAGCCAAUUAGAUGAUCUCCCAGCGUGUGUUGUUGUGCCGUUGUUGGAGCCGGAGUGUGUGCGAUUUAUGAGUGAGGAGGCAACACAGGAGGAGGACCAGCUGUGGCAGUCUCUAGGAGAUGCCUGGAACAUUCCUAGGACUCAGUGGCCAGAGAAUGAAGAUAUUCCCACCUUCACUCCAGUGUUUGAUGAUGGUUGGGAGCCACCUGGGAUCACACACACUGAGCAAAAAACAUUCAACCAAAAGGCGAGCCAGAAUUCCCCCCCAGGACAGAGGCUUCACACACUUCAGAGAGCACAUAGCAGUACCACCUCCUCCUCCUUCUCCUCCACUUCCUCCACCACCUUUACCUCAUCUACCUCCUCCUUCUCCUCCACCACCUCCCCUUUAUCUCAUAUACCUCCUCCUUCUCCUCCACCACCUCCACCUUUACCUCAUCUACCUCCUUCUUUACCUCCUCAUCCUUCUCCUCCACUUCCUCCACCACCUCCCUUUACCUCAUCUACCUCCUCAUUUACCUCCUACUUCUCCUCCACUUCCUCUACCAUCUCCCCUUUACCUCAUCUACCUCCUCAUUUACCUCCUACUUUUCCUCUAAUUCCUCCACCACCUCCCUCUUUACCUCAUCUACCUCCUCAUUUACCACCUCCUCCUACUUCCUCCACUUCCUCCACCACCUCCCUUUACCCCAUCUUCCUUCCCCACGCUCCCUUUACCUCAUCUACCUUCUUCUUUACCACCUCCUCCUUCUCCACUUGCUCCACCACCUUCCGUUUACCUCAUCUACUGCCUCCUUUACCACCUUCUCCACUUCCUCCACCACCUUCCCUUUACCUCAUCUACCUUCUCCUCCACCACCUCCCUUUACCUUAUCUACCUCCUCCUUUACCACCUCCUCCACUUCCUCCAACACCUCUACUUCUACCUUUACCUUAUCUACCUCCUCCUUCUCCUCCACCACCUCCCCCUUUACCUUGUCUACCUCCUCCUUCUCCUCCAUCACCUCCCCCUUUACCUCGUCUACCUCUUUCUUUACCUCGUCUACCUCUUCCUUUACCAUCUCUUCCUCCUUCUCCUCCACCACCUCCUCCUUUACCACCUUCUCCUCCUUCUCCUCCACUUCCUCCACCACCUCCUGCUCUAUCUCAAGUCAAUCCCAUGCUCUUUGACUGUGUGUGUGUGUGUAGCUCUGAGGACAUGCCACUAAGCUGCAUGCGUGUGCUGUAUGACUUCAGAGCUAGAAAUGGCAGAGAACUCAGUGUGAUGAAGGGCGAGAUGGUGCAGGUUUUAGAUAUGUCUAAGCGUUGGUGGAAGGUGAGAAAUGAUUGUGGUGAAGAGGGUUUUAUUCCCAAUAAUGUUCUGAAGUCCACUGAAGAUGAAGAGACACAGCGGGUUGAGUCUAACCCAGUCCUGACCAGGAAGUCUCGGCCAGAGGAGGUGAAGGCCUGGCUGGAGUACAAAGAGUUCGGCAACAUCACCGUGCGCUGUCUUGGGGGUCUCAGUGGUGGGAUGCUGUUGGGAAUGACGUUAGAAGAGUUGAAGAUUGUUUGUCCAGAAGAAGGAAGGCGAGUGUUUUACCAACUACAGAAUGUCAAAUCGGCACUAGCUCUUGCCAAAGAAGUGAGUCCGCUGAAUUGAGAAUACAAAAGGAGGAAGAUGAGAUACUACAAUGAUUAUACACACUCACACACACACACAGGUAUGCUGGUGUGUAGUGUAACACUGCUGGAUGUGUGUAUGUGGAGCUGAGUCUGUAACAGAGCCAUGAACUUUAUACUGUAAUAAUCUACACUAGUGACACUGAACUCUAAUAAAGUGUACAAGAACCCA